AUGCGAAUAACUGGGUUCCUUACCAAACCUCGACGCAUACGCAUUGUGUGUGUCGGGGCCGGGUAUUCCGGUCUGAUGACAGCAUACGAGGUUAAAUACAAUAAGGCUCUUGAAGGCUUUAUCGAUUUGACCAUCUAUGACAAGAAUGAAGACAUUGGUGGAACAUGGCUGGAGAAUAGAUAUCCUGGAGUUGCAUGCGAUGUUCCCGCGCAUAUCUACACCUUCCCUUUUGAGCCCAACCCGGACUGGUCUACAUUUUACGCUUCAGGCCCCGAGAUCUGGUCCUAUAUAAAGAGAACAUCAGAUAAAUAUGGUCUAGCUGAACAUGUCCAACUUCAAUCGAAAGUAGUCCAAGCGACCUGGGACGAGUCUUCGAGUAAGUGA